AUGUUUCUCCAUUCUAGUAUUCAACUGAUACUCCUGGCUUUGACUCACGUGGCAUACUCCAUUUCCCUCAAAGGCCAAAUAGUCGAAUUAAAUGGAAUUUCAUUUUACCUCCCACCAAAGGUUCUUGGUACAUUCGGCUUCAAUGACAAUCCAGUUGUCGCGAAGUUGACGGAACCUUUGUAUCCUAUCACCUUCAUAGACACCGCUGGCGGCAAUAGUUCUCUGGAUGCAAUUGUUGCGGGUUAUCAAUCGUUGGAUGAUGUUUUCAAUAUCGGGUUUUUGCAGGCGGCUAAACUGACCGGCUGUCAAGUCAUUUUCCACAAUGGGCACUCAAAUGACGGUAUUCAGGACUUUCAGACGGCCAAGUCAAAAUAUGGAGUUGAAGCCAUAUUGCCAUACCCGGUUGAUGCCUCUAACCCGCCCCUUCCUCCUGGGCCAUAUUUCUGGUCUCCAGCAUCAGGAAUAAUAAACGCCGCUUAUCGACUCUAUCCAGACGAGCAAGGGGCCUUUACGCAAGGCCUAAUACCCUCGGGGAAUGGCGCUUACGAUGUGAUCCCUGCCGCUGUACCAGGAGCCGGGUCGAUGACCAUCGGGGUACCGUCAAGGCUGUAUUCCACGAAGGACCCGGCAAAGCCACUAGCAGGUGUACGUCUUGGAGUGAAGGACAUCUUCGAUGUUGCUGGCAUCAAGUCCAGUGGCGGAAAUAGGGCUUACUAUCAACUGUCUCCUCCCGCGAAUGAGACAGCCCCCGCCAUCCAGAAGCUAAUCGAUGCUGGAGCUGUUUUGAUUGGAAAAAUGAAGACCAGUCAAUUCGCGAAUGGAGAGUGGGCCACGGUUGAUUACCAUGCUCCAUUCAACCCACGAGGAGAUGGUUAUCAAGAUCCGGGAAGUUCCAGCAGUGGUCCGGCAGCUGGAGUGGCGUCAUACGACUGGCUCGACCUGGCCGUAGGAACAGACACUGGAGGCUCCAUACGUGUUCCUGCUGGGGUGAAUGGUGUGUACGGAAUCCGGCCUUCGCAUGAUUCAGCUUUGCUGAAAGGGAUCAUACCUCUCUCGCCCGAGAUGGAUACAGUUGGAAUUCUAACCCGAAACACAACGCUAUGGAAAGAAGCUUCGAAAGUACUCUACGGCGGCCUCGGAGCUGACGCCACUCUGCCACGAAAACUAUACCUAGUUGACUUUCCCACUAACCGAUCGAGCCAAAGCGAUAAUAUUCUCUUGGAUUUUACUGAAUCACUUGCAGAUAUUCUCCACACAACUGCCGAACACUUUGAUACAGAAAAGCUAUGGAAUUCUACUGCCCCGAAGGAGGCAAAUGGUGCCAGACUUGUUGAUUUCGUUGGUGAUAUUUUCCCGCUGUUGACUGCAAAGCAGCAACUUCAGCUAGUGGGAAAGAAACUAUACGCUCACUAUAAAGAAGAGAAUGAAGGCAGGCUACCUUUUAUUGACCCAAGUCCCUCGAUCCGGUGGAACUGGGGAACAGAACAAGCAGACGCAUCUAUAGAUGAGGCCUUUCACAAUAUGAGUAUCUUUACCAGCUGGUGGCACUCUCAUGGGCAGGCAGGCGGCACAGAUUCAUGCUCUGAUUCUCUAUUUGUCUAUCCUCAAUCGACCGGAGAUACCAUGUAUCGAGAUGGCCCAUACCCAAUUGAUGCACCAGGAAUCCCGUCGGGCUUUGGAAUCGAUCGUGUUCCUUCAUUCGUAGGUUCGCCUGAUUUCGCAUUGCCAAUCUGGAACACGUUGUAUGGCCUCCAGUCAGGAGAAGAUCUGCAUCAAGCAGAGAUCACGAAUGCCAACGGUACGACCAAACCUUUAGUCCCACGGACUGUCACUAGCGAUCAGCGCGACUCGGCCGUGGCCGCCGUCAAGAAGCUGCUAGAAAUCAAAGACAAACUCCCAAGCGAUGGAUCCAAACAGCGGAAACCCCUGCCCAUGCCUCCGGGCAGCCCCGAACGUCAUCUGGUGACUGGCAAAACGAAGCCUUCAACAGAGGAAUCAUGGAAUGAGGUCAAACUGUUCUGGGGGGACCUGGUGCGAUGGAUAAAGAAGGCGUGGAAUUACGUCGACUCAAUAUUCUUCGGCUUCGAGGACCACGCCUGGCACUUCUUCGUCGAGGCGGGGGGGUACUUGUACAGAGCAAUUAUCGACAGCAUUCCCGCGGUGGCAGGAGUGGUCAAAUAUGUCUUCCAGUGGAUUCAAGUGAAAUAUGACGAUGCGGUCAAGUAUCUUGGUUUCGUUUUUGACUGGAAUGAUAUCCUGCGCACACACAACGUGAUCAAGAACUUCCUCCGGCUGGCGGCAGAUCGAGUCGUCACGGAGAUCGACCAGGUGGAACAGUAUGUCAAGAAAACGUUCGAGGGGCUCGAAGAGAAGAUUAGUGAAUGGGGUUCAAUCCCCAGUGACAGCGGGACAGUGGGCCAGCACGAGAGUACGCGGGACCAGGAUUUCAGCCAUACCUACCCGCAGUCCAACUGGGCGUCGUAUCAUGCAUCCUCCAAUCUCAUGAAUGCCGAUACCCCGUAUAGCAUGCCCGACCAGUGGUCAAAGGAUCUCGAGGACGCGCUGAACAACCUCUCUGCUCUCCUGCAAGACGAGGAAACUGACGUCCGGGCCAUGGUCAAGGAGGUGAAGGAUAGCAUCAUCGAGUCGUAUUCGACGCUCACCGUCACCCAGAUUGUGGAGAAACUCGCGGCGAUCGUGGGGAAUUUCCUUGUGGAGUCGGCUGAGAACGGUAUCCUCGCGCUGCUCGUAGUCCUGAAGCUCAUAGCCCGCGAGGCCGUCGAUCUCCUCGAUGCCCCCUUGAAUAUCCCCAUCCUCACUCCCACUUAUCAGUCCCUUACCGGCGGAAGCCCCUUUACUUUUCUUGACAUGACUUGUUUGCUUUGCGCAAUACCAGUAACCGUCAUGUAUAAAGAUAUGGCAAACACAACCGCCUUCCCAGACGAUGACCUGACGCUGCAAUUAAUCACCGCCCCAACGUGGGAUAGUCUCAUCAACGUGAUCCAAUCGGGCAUCACACCGGAACAGCCACGGAAGGCAUGGAAGAAAUUAAUGCACAAGCAGGCUGAUGGCAGACUCCGUCCUUCCCCAUCCGACGAUAUCGCUAACAGAUUUGUUGUGGUCGCCAACCUCACGGCCGCCGGAGCCGCGUCCCUUUACAUCCUCACGAGCAAAGUCAAAAGCGAGAUUCCCGCUGAGGAGGAACCCCCCCGAUUUCUGCGCUACAUGAACACAGCUAUGUACCUCGGAUACAUCAUGCCAGACAUUGUGGUAUCGGAUUGGAACCCUAGCUGGGACAAGGAUGUCAACUGGAGCAUCACAGCCGUCAGCUUCCUGAAAACGUUGGCUGAUAACUCAGAUACCUUAAACAGUAACAAGGUUCGAAGCAGCCUCUGGUCCACGACCGUAUCUCCAUUGCUUGAGGUCGUCAUUAAUGGCGUUUGGCUUGUUCCUACCAUCUACGAGCUGUGGCAAAACCACAGCAAACCACAGGAUUACGUUGGAGCGGCAGGGAAUAUCUGCUUCGACCUAGGCGGGAUGGCGAGCGUGUUCAUGUCUUUGCCCGACCCCAAUGACAAGUUGUUGGUUUAA